AUGGUGCUCGUGCUUGUUAUUGGCGAUCUCCAUAUUCCACAUCGCAUCCAUGACUUGCCGACGAAAUUCAAGAAGCUGCUAGUCCCGGGUAAAAUACAGCAAAUCUUGUGCACUGGAAAUGUCUGCGACAGGGAGACCUACGAAUACCUGCGGACCGUUUCGCCUGACGUUCAUGUCGCCCGCGGAGAUUAUGAUGAGAGUUCUUUUCCAUUAUCUAUCACGGUAUCACAUUCGCCUAUACGGAUGGGGGUCAUACAUGGGCACCAGUGUUUGCCCACCGGUGACUUGGAUUCGCUCAGCGCAAUCGCCAGGCAGUUAGACGUUGAUGUAUUGAUCUCGGGACACACUCAUACGUUCCAAGCAGUCGAGUAUGAUAACCGUUUCUUCGUAAACCCUGGAUCAGCUACAGGUGCUUGGAUUGGUUCGGUCAAAGGGGACCCCACGCCGUCGUUUGCUCUCAUGGAUAUCCAAGGGCCAGUAGUGGUGACAUAUGUCUAUCAGCUCAUAGAUGGCGAAGUUCGGGUGGAGAAGAUAGAGUAUCGGAAAGAUGUGGAUACACUCAAAGAGGCACCGCGGAGCACGGUUAUGCCCCAGAGUAUACCAUCGAGUCCUGCCCCGACGCAGACGCAGAGCGUUUGGUGA